AUGAGCUACGUGUUUCGUCGAGGGUGUUUACAACUAAACACUCCUCUUUCGCUGUGGCAAUUGCCAGCCGUCAGCAGAAAUGGCGUAGGGCGGCUGCAGAACAUCAGAUGCAGUGCCCAGGUGCUUCGACGCCUGACGACAACAUCGCCGGCAAGAACUCUUGCCAACGAGACAGCCAGAGAAACAAACCAGCGAGAUCAAGAUGCGCACGAGAAUGAGGUCAGAGCUGGUAUCCAGGCGGCCACGAAGAGCCAGAUCAAAAGACCGUGGCAGCGCGAAGGCGCCGAUAAGCCGCCCGUCGAUCAGGAGGCACGCAAUGCUAACAAGACCAUGGCAAAGGGCAAGCUCCUGACGACGCCAACUCGCCUCCUCAAGCUCAUCUUGCCGUUACCCGUCGAUGCAACUCAUGAUGAAAAGGGGAACAAAGGUGAAUUCCGAUCCCUAGCCCAGAACGAAGACAUCCAGCCACUGGCCCUCCUCGUCCACCCCCAACAGCCCCUCUCCUACCUUGAACGCCUGAUCCAAGCCGAGCUGCCACCGAUAUACGACAAAAAUGGCCGCGAGAAGAUGCCCAACGUGUACUUCCGUGCCGAGGGCUCGGACAGAGAUGAAGACGGCGAGGUCAGGCACAAGGACAACUCGCACGUAGCAACGCAAUCUGGACUGGGCCGUGAAGGACCAGCCACUCCAGCAAAGGAUAAGGACUGGGUCCGUUGGUCGAGCUCGACCGAGAUUGGCGACUUCAUUCGUGAUGCGGCUCGAGGCCGAGAGUUUGCUAUUGACAUCGACGGGCACGACACCGAGAUGCGAGUCGGUGUGCCCAGCUUCAACGACCGCACGCAUUUCAUGCGGGUUCGACUUCGGCGCCUGUCGCACCGGAUCGAGGACUUGUCCAAAAUAAAGCAGGAGUGCGACGAGCUUGCCCACCGCGGCGCUCACCGCUUGGCUAAAGCUGGCUUUGGGGCCCUCACGGGGUGGUGGGGAGUAGUGUACUUCGUCACCUUCCACACGGACGCCGGCUGGGAUCUCGUCGAGCCCGUCACCUAUCUGGCAGGCCUAACGACCAUCAUGGGGGGUUAUUUGUGGUUCCUCUUCAUCAGCAAGGAUCUCAGUUACCGGGCCGCGCUAAACAUGACCAUCACCCGCCGCCAGAACGCGCUGUACGAGACCCGGGGCUUCGACCCGGCGAAGUGGGAGACGUUAGUUCAGGAUGCGAACGGCUUGCGGCACGAGAUUCGCGUCAUUGCGCAGGAGUACGAUGUCGAUUACGAUGAGUACAAGGACUUAGGCAUGACCGACGAGGUGCAGGAAGUGUUGGACACCGAGGAAGAAAAGCAAAAUCGCAAGGGCGAUGACGACGGGGACGCCGAGGCCAAGGAUAAGAAGAAGGACAAGGAAAAGGAUACGGAGAAGACAGGAAAACAAGAGUAA